UACCCACUCAGUAAAGGCAGUGAGCGAGCGAAAGUCGCGCGUUAAACAAAAUGUUAACAGUACUGCUGUAGUAUAGUAUAGUUUUUUCUCGUGAGUGCGUGUGUGUGGUGGCUACUAAACACGGAAUUAAGACUUCUUCCUUCGUACCACCAAAGGAGUUACGCUCUGCUGGAGCCACAAGGAACCAAGGCGGAAGAAGUGCGCUUUGUACUGUGGAAGACACUUUUGAUGGCACUUGCUACAUGUAAGAAUUGCGAUCUGCCGAAUAACAUCUUCCCGAAUAUGUCGGCAUUAGGAACGUGGAAUUAUGGGAAAUAUCGGUAGCCAAACUGGCCAAAUCACCCCGCGUCCACCCGAAGAGCAAUGGGCACACUCUUUCCCCAGAACGCAACCUAGGCUGCACCAACCGCCCAAGGUUCUUCCAGAACGGGAUGCAAGGCAAAAGCUGCGACAUACCAACAACGGAGACAUACUUCAAUCCGGAGGUACCCUCAGUGGAAGACAUCAACAAAACCGACUUUCGUUGCGAGAAGAUGAGAGUCCCGAGGAGUUCAUCCCUUACGAAAAACCCCCACGGACAUAUCUCUCUAAUCAGAGAGACCCUUUGCACAAAUCUGGCAACAGAUAUACUCAAGCCAUGGACUACAACAAACAGUAUCAAAAUGGCUUCAACCACAACGCGUACAAAGAAAGCAUGAAGAAGUUUGGUUCGGAGCCGGAUUUGCGACAACCCAAGGGGAUGGAAACCCAAGAUCGAGCACGAGGGAAGAAGAAAUACAAAGCCCCGCCUCCUCCAAAUUUAGAAAUGGUGGAGAGGUCACACCUAGAAUGGGACGAAAACUCCAGUGGUGACAACGGCCCCAAUCGUAGAGCUCGCCUCUUCAAAACGCGAGCCGAAACAAAGAAAAUAUACUCUAGUCCUGUACAUAAACAUAAAUCUUUAGAAAAACACGAAGAAAUAGUUCAAAUUAGAGAUCGCGAAAGAAACCCGGAUUUACGUUCCAAUCGAUUGUCGCUUCCUGAAAUGAUCACACCGAACUUCCACCAGGAACUGAAGGAAGUUACUAAACGCUUAAGACACACCCGUGCCUCCACUGAUAACACGAUCGCAGAAAUCAAUAACCGGAAUAAAGAAAAGUUGAAGACCCUUGACCACAAUAUACACAAGAAGGACAAUAUUAGACAAAGACUGAAGCAGAUGGAAACCGUGGAAGAAAAGAAGGCGGAAGUGCGAGGCGACGGUUCGGGGAAGGAGUCGUCGUCGCCGGAACAGGCGUCUCCUAGGGUCAUCCGAAAAGACCAACCGAAGACUUUCUAUUUCGGAAUGGACGAACCGAUGCAGAAUGAUGACUACAAUAACGAUAUUGUUGAUCAUUUUGCGUCGAAUCUUCAUUCAAUGACACACAUUCAAAAAGUCGCUAACUCAUCCGAGUCGGAUAUUUCAAGUGAAAUCGAAGUCGAUGAAAAUCAUGGCGUUAGGAAUGGUAUUGAUUUGCAAUUACGUCCAAUUUUACCGAAGAAGCAGUUGGAAAUACCGAGGUUUUCGCCUGCAGCUGCCUGGCGACUGUUAUCAGCGGUUGAUACUAACCCGGUCGCUAGCACUAUAGCUAGUGACGACGUGCCCGUGUUCAUUGAAGACAGGAUAGAGAAGUAUUCGAGACCGCCGCCUCCGACUAUGCAAGGCGGGCAAAGAUCCAGCAACGAUAAAUCCGGCGAUUCGGGAAUUUCGGGAGACGCGGGUCCCACCGGCUACGAUGAUAGUCCAGAAGGAAUAAUGAAUUCCCGCAACAGUCUUCUGAUGCCGCCGUCACGAAGUCAAGGGAUUUCGUGGACGCCUCAGCAAGACCUCGGCGACGAUUCCAGCAUGGAGGAAGGUUUGAACAACGACAACUCGUACAAAUCGCGCCAAACGAAAUACUCCAACAAACCCCACGUCUUCAGUUUAUCGUUACCACGUGACAAUCACCUAUCUGCUUACAUGUCCGAUAAAAGUUCGUACUCAGGUCUGCAGAAGCUCAAACGAUCAGUGUCUGGUGUUCUAGGCAACUUAAGCAACAAGAAGGAUCUAAUGCAAGCAAAUGUAUGCCAAGACCAGAGUGACAAUUGGUUUCUCAGCAAAUCCGCCCCCAACUCUCUCAACAACGGCUUCAACUCCCUUGAACUAAAAAAUUCGAGCAAAUCUGAAGAAAAGGACCAACUUUUAGUGCCAAAUUCCAAAAGCGCAGGUCGUUUGAUGUACUUGCCAGAGUUUGAUAAUACCCAGGAUCACCGACAUGCUAGAUCAAAAACCAAGGACGAAAUCCGCGAACGGUCGAAAAGCGCGGACCGAUCUAGAAGCAACCACAAACUGAGCGCAUUUUCGAAAUCGUGCGAAAACAUCAACGGGGAAAUUAAAUCGUCGUCGGAACCAGAACCCGAAGAUCUGCAAGAUCCUCCUCGAGCGUUUGACGAUUCGAAGAACUGGCACCGGAAACCUAAACGGUUCACCUUUCAAAGUACGGUAAGACAAAUCGAAAGGCGACGACUCGCCGAAAAGCUAUCCCGAGAGGCAGAGAAGAAAGAAAAGCAGCGACUGCGAGAGUUGGAAGCGAUGCAGAAAGUGGAAGAAGAGUUCCAGAAGAAGAGAGCGAGAGAAAAAGCGAGCAUCCGUCAGCAGUUGCGUUUGUUUUCUAUGGACGACGUGGCGUGGACUAGUCUACCUCCAAAUUUGGAACCGAAAGAUGAGGUGCGCCAGGAACCCGAUGGUGCUGUAUCUUCUUCAACUGCGUCAUCACCGUCGUUACACAAAUCCGACCAAACGAAGAAAGUUUAUCAAAAGAAUAAAAAAACCACCGGGAACAACGGGAAUCACAAUAAACAUAGACCUAGUUCUGAGAGUAGUGAAGACGCGAGAACUAAAGCUCAAGUGACGCAAGUUUUAUCAGAAUAUAGACACCCACAAAGGGAGUAUAAAGAGUAUACAGGGAGUACGCGUUACUUAAGUGACCUGAAUGAAGUAAAUCAUACCAAAACGACAGUUCAUCCGCAAGUCACGUGUAAUAUGCCAAAAGCAAAGCAAGGUUCAAAUAAAACUAGUGGUACGAAUUAUAGGAAGGAUUUUGCUCAUGGAGUUAAGAGUACAAGGUCUGGGGGAAGCAGUUAUUCCGAGGAUUCUCAAUCUAGGAAUAAUUCACCUAGAAUGUAUCAUAAUAAGUAUGCUCCAAUCACAAGGUUUUAAUGUGUUAUUAUAAAGUCAGUUAACCCACUGUACCUAUGUAUUUUAACAAUUUAUUCAUUUUAUUAUAAAGUGUAUAUACUACAAUGAAAAAUAAAUUUUAUAAUGACUUC